GUGUUGUGGUGGAAAUGACACCAAUACUGUGCGACAGCUAUAUUUUGUAUAAAAAGUAAUAUUGAUAGUGGUCUCACAUUAAAUACUAUAAUGUAUUUUAAUUAUUUUACUAGUGCUUAAUUCAGGUACAUUAAUAGUUACCAGAUAAGUCAUAUUUUUAAACUUUAUUUUGCUUGAAGUUUAAAAGUCUGGGUGUGCGACAUGGAAAAAACAGUGAUUUUGACACCUAUAAAGAGGUUGAAAAGUAUGAAAAAAUCAUAAUACAAAGGUAGUAAAAAGUUUUUAAGGUGGUUUUAUUGUUAGUUUGACAAAGAUAGAGGAAUUUGUCCAAAAUUAUAUGUAUUUUUUAAAAAUAUGACCAAAGAACGUAAAAGUGCCCAUAGUCUAAGAAUCACCAAACUAGGGCCUAUUUUAUUGCUAUCCCGACUCACUCCGGUUCGAUGCAUGAUCAAUCUUCUCCUGCGCAGCCGCACUUCCACAUCCAUCAGUUACUUGAUUGUGAUAUAUAUUUCCUAUGUCUAAAAUAUCGAAGCCCUCUGGUUCCCAGGGAAGAAAAAAGAAGAAAAACGGGACAAAGACUGAACAUUUUAUAAUAAAAGAAUGUGGGCAUAUGCGUCGACACCCAAGAUGCAUGCUAAUGCCAGGUGUGAACAGAGCCGCUGUGUGACAACACAAUCAACUUAGCAGAAUGGUUCCUCAGAGAGAUAUUGUCAUUAUUUAUUUAUUUAUUUUCCCAAAAAGCCAAGUUCCUGGCUUUUCCCAAGAACUUCAAGGACACGAUUGGCCUCGGAAUCAACUGUAUAAAGGAGGAUGAAACCGAUGUUUAAGGUUAGACUAUAUAUUUCAGAAUAAGAUUAUCUAUAUUCAUUCAUUAUUUUUAUUCUGUGUUCAUAUCUGUUGUCAUAUCUGUUAUUUAGAAUGGGACAGCGAUAUUGCAUCAAUUUGUCUCCUACUUCAUUUGGGUCCACCAUCACCACAAGGCUGCAAGGGACCUGGAAAAAUGUCCUCCUAUCAAUCUGAAAAACAUCUUCAAAAAGGUAAAUUUCUGUCACUACCUAUUGUCUGCCUCAAAAUAUUGCCAGAUGUGUUGUACAUGGAAAAACUAAUAAAAAUAAAAUCAAUUGGAGAGCUGACCUUAAUUGUUAUUUUUGUCUUUGAUUUGCAGGCACUAAUAAGAAGAAUACCUUGUAGAGACCACACAGCCAUACCUGCUCGCUGAUGGGACAACAAGGAACAGCAUUCAUGGAUGUGUAGGAUCUCUGUUGUUCGAGCAGGCCACCAUGUGAGACAUUGAACAUAGGCCUGGAGAACUAAAUUAAACUAAUCAUUAGAGUCAAGCAAUGACAAUACCCUGAGUGAUUUCCUGUCAGCGUUUUUCUCGUCCACUCAGAAGGGAUGAUAAUGACUAACUUAAUCAGGAAAAACAAAGAUCUUUUGAGAGUCUUUCUUGCAACCCGUGGAGGAACCUCAUGAUCUAAUCAAAAUGUAUGGAUCCAUACAUUCAACAGGAAAAGGACCAUUAAAGUAACUGACUAUUUCAGGCCAGCAAAACUGGAAGUUGUGGAAGUUACUUUUCUGCCUAUAAUUGAUUAUGGAGAUGUAUUGUACAUGCAUGCUGCAUUUUCCAUCCUGCGUCAUGUUGAUUCAGUUUACCAUGCAUCACUACGAUUCAUAACAAAUACAAAGUCCCUUACCCAUCACUGCAUUCUUUAUGAUUUAGUUGGUUGGACAUCACUUAAAAUUCGUAGACAACAGCACUGGUAUAUCUUUAUUUAUAAAGCUAUACUUGGCAAACUUCCACUGUACCUCUGUAACCUCCUCUCUGUUUGCUCUGGUACUUAUCAGCUACGUUCCUCAAAGUGGUUGCUUUUUAAUGUCCCACGAGUUACAACUGAAUUGGGAAAAACUGCUUUUUCUUAUUUAGCACCUUGGGGGUGGAAUAAUUUGCAAAAAAAGUUAAAGUUAGAAACCCUUAUGUCCAUAAAUGAAUUUAUAACUACUGUAAAGAGUGUUGUGAUGGAGACAUGUUCUUGUUUUUCUUGAGAGUUUUCAUUGUGUUUUAUAUUUUUUAUUUUUAAUAUUUUUGCAUUUCUUUUAUUGUGAAAAUGUAAUUUUUGUGUUUGUCAUGUAUGCAUUUGUUGUGAUUUGGCUGCUACCUUGGCCAGGUCUCUCUUGUAAAAGAGAUUUUGAAUCUCAAUGGGACCUCCUGGUUAAAUAAAGGUAUAAAUAAAAAAACCAGGAGAUCUGUAACAUGAUCGUCUGAUGACUCCUGCGUGCUCCUCUCGGUCUUCUACUUUUCUCUUACAACAAAAGAAACACUAACUUACAUAAAUGAUCUCUAAAGACAAUCAUUUAUUUCCAUUGCUAUUAGAUCAAGUGUAUCAACAAAUAACAUGUUUGAUGUCUUAUAUAUAUGCUUGGUGUUUUAUGUUAUGCGUGGUGUACUUUAUUUCGAUAUUUGCCGUAUAACUUUCUUGUGAAUAGAUAGCCGUGUGUAGUAUCGUGUUAAAGCGUAUUUCAAAUGCAGGAAGUUGAAAUUUUCAGCCUCGUAUGAAUGAUGAAUACUUUUAAAUGUGGAGACUGAAAGACAAGACUUGCAAUUAAACUUAAAAAGGCUAUUCAUUGAAUAAAUAUGAGUGCUGCAUGUUUCAAAGUCAUCUGCUUUGCUGCUUUGUGGAGUCUGUCUUUUGGGCUUUGUGUACUGCCAUUCCCAAAGCGCCACCUGUUGGAAGAGAAUGAUUUUCCAUUUUCAAUCAGCCCUUACGUCUGCUGUUGUCAAAGGCCAAUGUGAAAAUCAAUCCAUGUUUUUAAGCAGCAAACACGCAGAGUUGUAAAUGUGAACUGGUGGAUCGACAAGAAGAUAAUUUGUUAUAAAAUGUAAACAAUUAAGGCAGUAAAAUAUAUUUAUAUGUUAUUUAAUUAAUAUAAUACUUUAUUGUUUUUGUGUAAACCUGCAUCUGAACUGUAAAUCAUGCUUUUUAGUCAUUUAAUUUUUAAUUUAUUUAUUUCCUUUUUUUUUUUUUUUUGUGCAGGUCUUAAAAAAGGUCUUUAAAAGUCUUGAAUUUAAGUUUAAAUAUCCUGCAGAUACCCUGGCCUGGCAAAAACCAUCAAUUGUUUUUUAUAUACAAUUGUCCGGACCUCGGCUGGUGGGGAGGGUUCAUUACUGGACCUCAAGCCAUUUUAGUUGAAGACCCCUGCUCUAGUGGGUGGACAGAAUCCAGCUCGUUAAAACUCCGUUACACAAAGCUCGCUUGCUGCUUGAAAAGUUGCACUUGCUGCUUGAAAACUUUGGUCUCGCCUCACUGGUCGCGCUGCGAAGCGCCUACAGCCUUAACAUCAGGUUGACCAUCCAAGACUUCAACAUUCCUUCUGACCAAAGAAACUUUCAAAGCCUGAAGCCACUCAAGAACUUCAAAGCAUUAUCACCCUUGCAUCACCAGGAAGCCAACCAGUCGCAAAAGGGGUUCCCCGAGUGACGUCACGCAAGGACCCAGCAGGAUUUUCCCAGGAUUUCCCGACCAGGAAGGAAAGGGAACCGGAGAAUACCGCUCAACUCAACUUAGAGCAAAUGUGCUCUCUCCUCUCCUCAACUGCAAUGAAGACCGCUGUGUUCAUUCUACUGGUUGUGCUUGUGGCUUUCAGCUCAGGAGAUAAAAUCAUUGGAGGUUAUGAAUGUCAGCCCCACUCCCAGCCCUGGCAAGCGUACCUUACCGAUAACAGAAUAUCAUGUGGAGGAUCUUUGAUUAAUGAAAGAUGGGUUGUGUCUGCUGCUCACUGCACAUUCUCACGCAAUCGUCUCCUCGUCUACCUGGGAAAGCACAGAUUGUGUGAUGCUGAAAGCACAGAGCAGCAGAUCGGAGUAGAGAAGAUCAUUCCUUACCCGAGAUACAAUAAUCGGCCUCAUAACAAUGAUAUCCUGCUGAUGAAGCUGAGAAGUCCUGCCACCUUCAACAAGUAUGUGAAACCAAUCCCUCUGGCAACCAACUGCACCUCUGCAGGGGAGAACUGCUUGGUUUCUGGAUGGGGCAGAACUGGAGCUGGCUCUGCUUCUGUCCUGCAGUGUUUGGAUUUGCCUGUCCUCUCAAGGGCGAAGUGUAAGUGUGCGUAUGGUAAAUUAAUAACUACAAACAUGUUCUGUGCUGGAUUCAUGCGGGGAGGGAAGGACUCAUGUCAGGGGGAUUCUGGUGGCCCUGUAGUGUGCAGCGGGAAACUGAAAGGUGUUGUUUCCUUUGGCAAUGGCUGUGCUAAACCACGCUUUCCUGGGGUUUAUGUUGAGGUGUGCCGCUACACCAGCUGGAUCAAUUCCAUCAUAGCUAAUAACUAACUGUUUAUUCAGUCUGGUUGGUCCUUUACAAGUUCAUUUCCUAGAUCUGUAAUUAAGUCAAAGUCCCUUUAAGGCCAGUCAUCCAACUUUGAAAUGCCUCUCAGACAUCUAUUUCAGUCAUGCAAGUACAGCUCCUCUCUCUUUGAAUGAGGAAACAUCAAAUUUUAUAGCAACCAGAGCUUCUAACAGAAGCUGCAGUGAUGCAAUGACUUUACCAAUAAGUGAUUGGCUCUUUUAUUUAGAAAGCGGGACUAUUCAUUUUCCUUUUUCUAUUUUUCUUUUGCAUAUUCUCCCAUUCAUAAGUAAUUUGAGUGCACCAUCUUUGUAUAUCUUAAUCUUUUAAUUAAAUUCUGUUUGCAAUAAGUAUGUGUUUCUGUCUUUUAUUUUUAUGUUUUAAAGUUUUCUUUAACCAUGAUUGAUCCCCACCCCUAACACUAUGUUGCUACAGCAUCACCCUGGCAUGGUACAAUGAAGUACUCCAUCAUGUGAGUGUGCAAUGUCACAUACCUCAGAGUAUUGACAACAGGGCCAUCUGCUGGCUUGUAAAAUUUACACAACUGCUUGAAGCCUGAAAAUUGAAUGGGUGUUUCCUGAAAUGAAAUGUUGGUUUAAAGUAACCCAAUUCUGAUAUUUUGUCAUCCACUCUUGGAUGAAAUAUAGACAAACACAACCAUGGAUUAUUCUUUUACACUCUAAAAAACAUGGUUCUUUAAAGGUUCUUUACAUGUAAUACGGGUUCUAUUUAGACCCCAUUUUGCUAUUGUUUGUAUUUUGUGUUUUAUUUCCUUAUGAAUUUAUUCAUUUUCAUUGCCAGUUAUCAUGUAGUAAUGCAUUAAGCUAAUUGCUAAUAUUAAUGUAAAUAAAUGAUUAUUAAAAAGAUUCUUUAUAAUUUUAUAUGAAGGUUCUUCAUAUAAAAAUUAUAAAGCAUUUUCAAAGCAUAGUUCUUUAUGGAAUCUCAUAAAAAGUGUUCUGUUUUUCUGGUACUGUUAGUAAUUUCAACCUUUUUUUGGCUUACUAAUUUCAGAUGAUUUAGAAAACAUGCAAAAGCUACAUGUCCAGAAUCAGAAUCAGAAUCAGAAAGAGCUUUAUUGCCAAGUGUGUUUACACACACAAGGAAUGUGUCUUGGUGUUAGGAGCUUCCAGUGCAGAAGUACAAACAUAGUGCAGACAACAUAUAAUUAAGGUAAUAAAAACACUAAUAAUGAAGAGAAUAGACAAUAAAUUAUAAACAAUAGUUAUAAAAAUAUACAGUAAUACAGAAAAGAAAAAAUGUCCAUAGACAGAACUGUGAAUGUGCAUGUGUCCAAUGUACAGAUGAUGGUUUGAUGAGUUAUUUACAGUACUGGGGUGUGUUAUGUGUUGUUCAGAUGGGAUAUGGCCUGGGGGAAAAAAACUGUUCUUGUGCCUGGCUGUUCUGGUGCUCAGUGAUCUGUAGCGCCGGCCAGAGGGCAACAGUUCAAAGAGAGAGUGAGCUGGGUGUGAGGGGUCCAGAGUGACUUUCUUAGCCCUUUUCCUCACUCUGGAGUUAUAAAGAUCUUGGAGGUUGGGUAGAGGGGCACCAAUAAUCCUCUCAGCAGUCCUGACUGUCCGUUGUAGUCUUCUAAUGUCUGUUUUGGUAGCUGAGCCAAACCAAACAGUUAUAGAUGAACACAGGACGGAUUCGAUGAUGGCAGAGUAGAACUGUUUCAAAAUUCAAAAUAAUGUUUGCAAAAUAAUAAAAUGGAAAUGUUCAACCUUUUUAAAAUGGAACGUUCCCUUAAUGUUGUCUUUAAUGUUCGCUUCUGAAGGAGAAAAUAAAGUUUUUAAACAUUUAAAGAACUGGACAUUUUGAACGUUGAACUUAUUGGGAACAUUAUCAAAAGGUUCUUAGAAUGUAUUUUGGUUAACUUGGUUUUUACCUCAUACUUAUAUAUGUAUUUUUAAGAUUAACUAAAGUCUGGUCUGUUUGGAUCAACAUGACAGAAAUUUUGACAGAAUUUUCAUUUUUGGGUGAAGUAUCACUUUAAGCAUACAUGGUAACAUUUUGCCAGUAUAAAUGGUUAGAAAGGUGCAGAGCCAGUAUGAGAGAAAUAAUAAUAGCAAUAAAAUAAAAUAACAUUAUGGUGAUAACUUGUGCUUGAUAGAAGUAAAAACAGCAAUUCCAACAAUUCCACCUAGAAAACAGUAGAGGGAUACAUUGAGCAGAUCAAACGUUUCAAGCCUCUUUAGUUUUGAGAGGUUCAAAACAGCUCCCUCUGGUGACUUAAAACAGAAAUGUCAAAAGCCUAUGACUCCUCUCCUCUUCUCUGCAGCAUGUAGCAGGUCAAAUGGUGUUGAGAUCAAUCUGCAUGAUUUGGCUUUUUUGCUUGAAGGCCAAA